CUAGUCCACGCCACAGAUAACAGCAUCUGCUGAACCAAUUUCAGGAGCAGAACACCUGGUUAUACCACCUCGCUCCUAAUACUUGUAGAGAGGAUGCAGCAUGGUGGAAGCAUAUGGAUGCUGCUUCUAGCGCUACUAGCGGCAGUGGUCGGAACUCUAGGUGACGAAUCUCAGCCUUCCUCGUCCUCACUACAGAGUGUUGCCGAUCAUUUAGCGGCUCAAGCUCCCACAUUUGAGGAAGAUGAGGAGGAAAAGAGAGCUUGGAGAGAUAUGAAUUCUGGGUGGGGAAAAAGAGGAUGGCAGGAUCUGCAAAACGGAGGAUGGGGCAAGCGUGGUUGGCAAGACCUCCAGAACGGAGGUUGGGGUAAAAGAGGUUGGCAAGACCUGCAGUCUGGGGGAUGGGGAAAGAGAGGAUGGCAGGACCUGGGAAAUGCAGGGUGGGGUAAGCGGGGAUGGCAGGAUUUGGGUAACGCUGGAUGGGGCAAGAGAGCCUGGAAGGAUCUGUCUUCAUCAAGUUGGGGAAAACGGGCAUGGAGGGACUUAUCUUCCAGCGGCUGGGGAAAGAGAGGCUGGCAGGACCUGGACGGAGGUUGGGGUAAGCGGGACCCCUUCUUGGAUGUUGAAGAUGACGACGUAUCAGACGAGGAUAAGCGCUCCUGGAGCAGCCUGAGGGGAACCUGGGGGAAACGAGCGGCUCCGGACUGGCAGAGCUUUAGAGGAUCUUGGGGUAAGAGGGAUCCUGCCUGGAAUAACCUGAAAGGACUUUGGGGAAAGCGAAGUGUCGAUUCUAGGGCAGGAAUACCUAAAAGCUAUUGUGAGGUUCUUCAGCGAAUGACAGGCAUGCGUUGCAACUAGGAAUGAAAGAGUCGUCCGAAGAACUGAGCAGGGACGAGUAGAACUUCAUACAGCCACCUUGUGUUUCCUUCCCUCCCUUCUAAAUUGAUUUGUUCCAUUCAAAUUUGAGUUAUGUAUUUAUGAAUACACAAAAGAAUACAAAUACAUAUAAUUUAUAAUUACUAUAGACAACACCACUUUACUACAAUUGUGCUGAUGAAAUUCAACCCCCUCCCCCAAUAAGAAAUUUAACUGAAAACUAAAUUUAAGAAGAAUUAUCAGCACAAGUGGGAAAGUGAUUUUACAAUUCACAUCUCAAAUCAUAUGUUUAAUUAAUUUUACCGUUGAUGACUUGUGAUUAAUUUAGACUACACUCCAAUAAUGUAUCUCUACUAAUAUACUUUUUUACAAUCAGGUGUUCAGUUUUUUACACAACUUACCUGCUUAUUAACGCCUCGAAUAUUGUCUUCUAACUAUAUCAAAACCUGUCGUUAUACGAAGUCUGCCAAUAAAUAUCCAUAUUUAUGAACUGUAAUAAAUGUUGUCAUGGAACGAAAAAGUUGUAACAUUCAUCGCCCUUAUCUAUACUAAGAAGUGAACUGAGAGAAAUAUUUAUACAGUUUAUAUUUGUAUAGUUGUACAGUGUGCUAGCCCCCUAUAGUGCUAGUUUUACCUGUCGUCCCAACAACCUAAGGGUAAGAAUUAUUUUUCUAAAUAAAUUAUUUUGUGUGCCCUCCAGUGGAUCAGUAAAGCCCAGUUAAGAAAA